AUGCAAGGUGGUAGAAAUGAGUUUCUGGAUUAUGAAAGGUCUGGGGCUUCCCAGUAUUCAGAAGAACGACCAAGAAGUAUAGCUCAUCACAUUGAUGGUGUUCAGCAGGAUGGCAAACUUGGUGGAUCCGAGUUUCAACACCCAAUGCCUUUUGAACCAAUAGAACGACCUAAAUUGAAGUUGCUACCACGGAGUAGGACAAAACCAUUGGAUAAUACGGAAUCCCCUGUUUAUGAUUAUGUUCAGGGAUCUAGUCGAUUGAGUGAUGCUGGUCAUGUUGAAACUGUUCAUGAGGUGCAUAGUCAUGCCAAUCUUGUGAAGCCUGUCUUAGCUUCGACUGAGAUUGUGAAGGAGGGAGGACGGCGCCCAAAGCUGAAUUUGAAGCCUCGGUCCCAGCGACUUGAUCAAUUGGAAGGAAAUGUUGAUAGAGAAAGGAAUGCUUUAUUUGGUGGUGCUCGUCCUCGAGAACUGGUUCUGAUGGAGCGAGGGAUUGAUAAUGUUGCAAUUAAGGAAUAUGAUGUGGCUGAACACUCAAAUAGGGUUGAAUAUAACAUUGGGAAGGCUGAGAGUGUUCCGGAUCGGUCAACCCAUGUUGAAAAAACUCAGAAUACUCUUCAUGAUCAAAGGGCCAUAAAAAGGCCUGAAAAGAAGGAGCAAAGGGUAGAAGCUGAGAGGGGCAAUGGGCAGAGGAGGAAUUGGCGUGGUGAUCAUCGAAGGAAUGUGAGAGAGACUGAAAGGCAGCAGGUCUCCGAGAGACAACCUUCACCUGAGACAUGGCGUAAGCCUGUUGAGGGGCCAAAAUCAUCUUCUGACAUUGUUGGUAUGCGCCAAAAUAAAGCAGCUUCAGCAGUUGAACUUGCCCAAGCAUUCUCCAGAUCCAUCUCUGAUCCGAAGGCGAAUGAUCGGUUUUCAGGUCAAAAGGGUCUGAACACUGGCCACACACAGAUCCCAUUUUCACGGCUCGUUGGCCCUUCCCCAAGAGCUCAGAUCAAUGGUUAUUGACUUUUCCCAUUGGUCUGGAGAAAAAUUGGGACAUCUUGAUCAGAGAUCCAUUUCCUGGAGACAUAGCAGUUGUUACAUGCAAGUGGUGAAAUUGCUGAGUUCUGUGGUUUUUAUUUUCUCAUCUGCAGAAAUGAGUGAGAAAAUUGAAUUGUUUGCUAGUUAGUAAACGCCAUACAUGACAUUGCCAAUUUUACGAUUAUCAUUUAACUUUGUUUCGUCUUUUUUCUUGCCCUUCAUUAUAUGCUCCCAAUCCCAAACAACUGUACUUCAUCAUUAUGAAGGAGGUGAUGAAAAGGCUUUUUGCCUAAAUUAUUUUAGUAUUUAAGGCCUUCUAGGUUCCAGCAUCAUCUUUAGCAGGAAUGAGAUUUUUAAUUGAUCAUUUCUAGUUUCUUCA